GGUCUCUGUGCAGAACGGGAUUUCAAAGUUGUCCACGGUGGUUUUACGGGAAGUCCGGUUCGCUGCCUGAGACACGUCCCGGGGACCAGGUGUGUUGUGACCAGUGACGGGCAGAACGCCGACCUGCAGGUGUGGGAGCUCGGAGGAGACGACAGCGAUGUGAUCAGGAGGACAGGAAGUGUUAAAGGGAGGAAUGCUUCAGAGUCGGGCUGCAGGAUCGCAGCUCGAGUUUCGACGCCGCCUCAAGUCCUUCACGGAGCUGGGAUCAGCGACGUGCAGCUGACUCAGCUGAUCUCAGGAGAGACGCUUUAUAAACUCGACGUCGACUCAGACGAGCCUCUGAGCUCCUUACAGUUUGUGAGCGACUCAGUGUUCCUGGCCGGCUGCUUUAACGGCAGCGUGUGCAUCGCGGACACUCGGACGUCUGCUGCUCCUCAGCUUCAUCCUCCACCGUCAUCCUCGGGUGAACCAGCCCUCUGGUGGACGGACGCCUCUUCAGCUCCGCAGCAGUCUGACUGUAAGGUGGUCAGGCUGUCCUCCUCUGGACGGGCCGUCGUGUCCGAUUGGAGGAACUUGGGAGGAAUCGCCUGUCAGGCUCAGCUGGACGUCCAAACACGUCCCGACAAACUGAAGGAAGCCUCGGUGUCGUGGGCUCCAGCACUGGCUGGAUACAUCUCAGUGUCAGGUUUCAGUGGAGCUGUUCAGAUUUACAACACGUGUGUCUGGAAGACGGAGCUGCAGGACGUUCAGCCGCUGUUCCAGCAUCGCGGCCACGCGGUUUCAUCCGAACAGACCGACGGCUCCGCCCCCGCCUUCGUCACCUCCCACGUCUGGCAUCCGGAGCGGCCGAGGACGCUGCUGUCUGCCGCUUCAGAUGGCUCCCUUCACGUCUGGGACUGGGUGGAACCAGAAACGAAAUGAGAUCCUGUUAAAUCUGUGAUCACUAAAAGUGCAGCUGCAGAAAGAGAUGUGGGUCAGUACGCUUUGUUCAAACCUGUGCUUAUCAAAGAAAAUUGACUCUGUUUUUAAUGGAAUAACUCCUGAACACACUGUGCAUAUAUCAGCACUGCUAACGUGAUGAGGAGAUGAUACUGGAAUUAUAAAAAGAGCAAACCGAUGAAAAAAGGCAAAGCAGACAAAACUCUGUAAACUGAAGAUUGAUUGCAGCCUGAAAUCCCAGCUGGUCCUGGUAACUGCUCUCAUUUAAAUAUAGAUUAAUUUAGUACAAAUCACAUUUGAGCUGCAGGUUUCACUCACAAAUAAAAGGUUUGCCUCCAGAGAGGUUCAGAGUUUGUUGGUAAAGAUCUGUGAAUCAAUCAUUAUUUUUGCAUAAACUGAGGCUGCAUGUGUGAGACUUCUUUGCUUCCAGCAUAAAGAAAAUGAGUGGAUUUCAGUUUUUCUCAUAACGUCGCCUCAAAAACUUUCUGGAGUCAGGGUGCACAAUAUUAGAAGAAUAGUGGAAUGCAAAUAUUACGCAAAGUUUGUAUUCAUCUUAAUUUCUUUAUCUGCUACCAUCUGCAACAGAUGAACAUCGCUUUCAGAUUUUAUUUCAAAAAUCGUACUUUUACACAAAGAAUUCCUGCAGAUAUGAAAGAAUAAAGUCUUCUUCGUUUCAUAUUUUCCUCUUCUUUCACCUGGAACCGAAAUUGAAAAAUAUCCGCAGCAGAAAUUGUGUUUCGGCUUCAGUUGAGUUUUGCUGGUUUUGGUUCUCAAAGGGAGAAACGGAUUAAAAACAGCAUAACGUAAAAAUGUUCAGAUAAUUGGUAAGUUUUUCUGUUAAAACUGUUUACAAGCAGAACAAUUUUUUUCUUCAUUUUUUUUUUGUUGUUGUUUGUAGUGACCUUUUAAACCCUUAUUCUGAAAGCAAACUUGUAAUGAAUGGACUCAGCAAAGGUGCAAGGACACUUGAAACAGUUUUUGUUUUUGUUUCGUGUCAAAUGUUCUGUCGAUAAAAGCAUUUUUAUAAAUCUAUUAGAAUUUUUUUUUACAAAAAUAAAACCUUGUCAAGGUUGUCCUUUUAGUUGUAUGUUUCACACACGAUCAUGUAGUUUGGUAUCAGACUAUAUAAAUCAAAUUUAAUUAAAAUGUUAUAAAAACAUGGCCUCAGAUAUUCUUUGAUUAGGGCCAGAUCAAUCAUUACCAAUCCUACCUUGAUAGGAGGUGAAAAAUAAAACUAUUAAUAAAACUGGGAACUAAAAUAACCUUUUACACAGAACUGGUGCUCUGAUCUCAAAACAUUAAGUUUAAUUAAAAUACAGUUUAACUAAUGUUUUCAUUCUGCCAUUUUUUAAAAUAAUUCAAUCAAGUUCUAUUUUAAAAGAAAAUGGGAGUUCUUUUAAUGUGCUGAACACAAAUAUUUGUACUGCUAAUAAUAGUUAAUCUGGAAGUCGACAGAGGUGUCUAAAACAUAUGAAAGUUAAAUGUUUAUCAGUACAUUACAGAAAAUAAUUAACUUUAUCACAAUAUGCUAAUUUUUUGAGAAGGACCUGUAUUGUUCUUACAUUUACAUAUGCACGACUGAGCUCUUUGUUUCUUUGAGAAUUUCUCUCAAAAGGCACUUUAUAAAGUUGUUUCAGUCUGAUUUGGUUUCACUUGAGAAUGCGAGCCAAUGUGGACAGACUGACUCGUUGAAUGUUGCUGAAUAUUGUGUUGAUGUGGCUUUGAAUCUCAUGUAAUCUUAUUUUAUUUCUUUCCUAAACCAAGUUUGCAAUGGCAAUUUCCUGUACCCCGGUGAACAUUUGGCCCCUUCCUCCACCAUGUUUGCGUCUCUCAGUCCUUUAGGGGGAAAAAAUUACAGUAUAUGCCAUUCAUGAAGUAAACAUGUCACCCAUCCGAUACAUUAUGACAUGACGUAUACUAUAUCAUGUGAAAUAAAUUUUGGUUACAUA